AUGAAUGCUUACGUGGCAGGAGGAGAAGGGAACUCGACCGGUGCUGGUAGUUUGGCGUCAGGGCAGGGAGGGUAUGGGCAAGGGUACGCAUGGAGUUAUGGCGUGUAUGGGGGUGGGAGUGUGGGCGGUGGGAGUGUGGCGAGCGGGAGUGUGGGGAGUGGGGGUGCGGGAAGUGGUUACAUGGGAGGAGGUAACCUGGGUUAUGCAGCAAGAGUGGGAGGAGGAGGAGGAGGCGCAGGAGGAGCGUAUGGGGUCGCAGGAGCAGGGAGUUACAACACUGGAAGAAUGAUUCACCCCAUGUACAUGGGAAGCGGAUCCCUCAGGCAAGCUCCAAGCGGGCCGCACCAGCAGCAGCAGGACGCGGGGCGCAUUGACUAUGCGCCUCAAGUGGCAGCCAUGGCAACAAAGCACCACCCCAACCUGGUGCGUCUACUAGGCUACUGCAUCGACAUGAACCCAGCAGCGCAGGGCAGGGGAGACAUGAGCAUGGAGCAGAUAGUGGUCUACGAGUUCAUGGCCCACGGCGACCUCGAGCACUGGGUGGGGGAGGCGGCGCCACAGCCGCUGCCCAUAGCGCAGCGCUUGUCGGUGCUCAUAGGCGUGGCCCAUGGGAUAGAGUAUCUGCACAGCUUUGGCAUCGUGCAUCGGGAUAUCAAGCCCGCCAACAUCCUGCUCGAUGACAAGUUCGAGGCCAAGAUUGCUGACUUUGGGUUGCUGAGGGAGGGAGAGGGCACCACUGUGUGCGCCACCAGAGUGAUGGGCACUCCGGACUAUGUGGACCCUGCUUACUUCAAGUCCAGCAAGGCCACCCCCAUGGCUGAUGUAUACAGCUUCGGUGUGGUGAUGCUGAUGGUGCUAUCGGCACGGCCAGCAGUCAUCACAGACGGCACCGGCUCCCAGCUCAACAUUCGCAAAUGGGCGGACGACCUAAUCCAAGCAGGCAGAGCAGACCAGCUCAAGGACCCCCGAUUGGACGCUCCCACAGAUUUGAUUCUGCGGAUGGCACAGCUGGCACUGCGCUGCGCGGCCAUGCCGACCGUGUGUCGUCCUGACAUGAUCCAGGUGGUAUCUGUGUCAGAAGUAUAG